ACUGGACAGCGAGAAUUGCAGAGAGAGGAAGAAAAUAAAGGAAGAGCAAAAAGGAGAAACCCGGAGGCCGGAAUCCCAAUCGAUCGAAGGAAGCAGAGCUGGGGGAUCGCGGCGCCGGCGGCCGGCGGGGGGAGAACCGGAGGGGAGCCGUGGAGCGAUCAGGGGGGCAUCUGCGCCCGAUGUGGGCGUGGGGCCUCGCCGAGCGCGCCAUCGCCGGCCUCCUCGGCCCCGCCGGCGCGAAUGGCGGUCGCUGGAACACCGCCGUCGCCGUCGGGGUCACGGCCGCGGCCGGCAUCGCGCUAGUCGCCAUCGUCGUCUCCUCCCGCAGGGGCGGGAUCAAAUCGCCGUGGCGGCGGCGGAGGAAGCGCGCGCUUGGGCCCAAGGAAUGGCGCAGCUUGUUCACGCCGGAGGGGAAGUUUUACGACGGCGGCGUCAAGCUACUGAAGAGAGUUCGGAACGGAGGGGUUGAGCCGAGCAUCAGAGCAGAGGUCUGGCCGUUCCUUCUGGGAGUUUAUAGCCUGAAUAGUUCAGAAGCUGAAAGGGAAGCAAUUAAGGCCCAUAACAGGAAGGGAUAUAUGCUCUUGAGGAAACAUUGCCUGCGAAAAAACAAUGAAGAAAGCAAGCGAUCAAUCAACCGCAAAGAGAGCAUUAGUUCUGGCAAAGUCAAAGAAUCUGUUACUUCUGUUGGAUCCGAAGAACCUGAAAAAGUAAGCGUGGAUGAUCAUAUCACGAGUGAGGAAGAAAAUCCUUGUGUCAUUUCAGAGCAAGAAAUGCAGGAUAAGACAGGUAAAGCAAUUCCAGAGAAUCAGGCGGAUGAAAGCCUCUGUUCAUCUAGUUCACGCGAUGAGGAUGAGAGUCAGAAAAGUGAUGUGACCCAUGUGGAAGCGUCUCGUGAUGAUGUCGCCUCUGUGGACCAGUCUUCAGUUGAGGAUGAAGAAGAAAGUAUGCCCCUGCCCAAAUAUUCAAACGCAGGAGGAAAUAUAGAAGCUGAAACUAAGUUAUCUAAGGAUGCCCGUCCUGUGAAGUCUGCACGGACAGUUGAGGAUUUUGAGACAUGGCAACGGAUAAUUCGUUUGGAUGCAGUUCGUGCUAAUAAUGAAUGGGUUUCCUACUCUCCAUCGCAAGCUGCGGUUACCAGGGAGAAGGCAAUUGACUCUGCUUCAGCUGUUUGUCUCAAAGACUAUGACCACUUGGAAGCACAUAGGAUCCAUCAUGCGUCACGCCUUGUUGCAAUACUUGAGGCGUACGCAACCUAUGACCCAGAAAUCGGUUAUUGCCAGGGCAUGAGUGACCUCCUUGCACCUCUCAUUGCUGUGCUGGAGGAAGACGAUGAAGCCUUCUGGUGCUUUGCCGGUUUCAUGAGGAAAGCCCGCCACAACUUCAGACUCGACGAAGUGGGUAUUCGCAGGCAACUCAACAUGGUCUCCAAGAUAAUAAAAACCAAGGACUUCCAUCUUUACAGGCACUUGGAGAUGCUUGAAGCGGCAGACUGCUUCUUCGUCUAUAGAAUGGUGGUUGUGAUGUUCCGGAGGGAGCUCACCUUCGAGCAGACCCUCAGCCUGUGGGAGGUGAUGUGGGCCGACCAGGCAGCGAGGCGUGCUGGGAUCGCACGAUCGUCCUGGGGAAAACUUCGGCUUGGAGCCCCUCCAACUGAUGACCUGCUGCUGUAUGCGAUUGCAGCCAGUGUACUGGAGAAGAGGAAAUUGAUAAUAGAGAGCUAUAGCAGCAUGGAUGAGAUCAUUAGGGACUGUAACAGCAUGGCGGGGCAGCUGGACAUUUGGAAGCUCCUGGACGACGCCCAUGAUUUAGUGGUGACCGUACAAGACAGGAUCGAGUAGCUGGGAUCUGCCCAUGCUUAUAUUUGUAUGAUUGGUCCUGGCAGUUAUCACGUUAUCAUAUGUCUGUUAUAUACAAUAUCUUGUAUGAGGUUAUGGAUAGAAACAUUUUUGGUCUUGUUUUUUGGUGUGCCCUCUCUCUGCAUGUGACUGUUCUUUGCACAGAGCAGAUUUGUGGAUCUUGUCAUCUGUUGCUACUUCUUGGACUGUGGAUGCUGGAUACAAUUUGGUCUUGCAGUGUAUUUGUAACUAGAAAAAAGCCUUGUGCCUCAA